AUGGCCCUAGAGGUCGCAGGAGAAAGUUUAGACCCCAGGAUUCAGGAUUGGAAUGCCCUUGCUGAAAGCCUUAUUCCCGGGGAGCCAUGCAUCCGAGCACAAGGCGGAGACCUGCAGGAGUGCAGGCUGCCUGGCGGCCGGGUGGCCUGGGGCUCAUGCUUAGCCCGCGGCACCUGCUGUCUUGAGGGCAAGGGCCAGUGCGGCCGGCUCGGGGCCAGGAACCUGGACUUGGCGGCUGGGCCUGCUGGGUCUACUGAGGCGGAGGUGGCGGCGACCCCGCUGCGGCUGCCCCUGCCAGACGCCAACGCUCCCGAACCCUCCACAGCAGCAGCCGACCCCCCUAAGGAAGUCGGGAGAAAGACGAGCGGUCUGGCCCAGACCCACCUGUGCCCAGACCAGGCUCGUGCUGAAAGGGUGUCCAUGACCUCGGAGGCCUCUUCCGGAAGCUGCCGUGCCAGACUCUCUGGCCUCCAUGGGCUGUCCCCGCCAAGCCCCUGCAGCUCCUUCACCCUCGUGCCCUCCCAGCCUCCGGGGCCGGCGACGGCCCUCAUCGCUUGUGCUGCGGCAGAUGGCCGGCCCCCACUCAAACCCCCGCCCCGGGCCACAGCGCCCCUCGUGCUCUUUGCUGCACUGUGCCAGCCUGCCCGGGAGGAGGACAGUACCGUCCUGGUCGACACGGCCCUCCGCUCCGAGAGUGGCGACUCCUCCGGGAGCACAGCCAGCACCUCAGAGCUGAAUGGACACAAGGAGGCCGCCCACAGGGUGGGGAGCCCUUCCAAGCCCCAAAUAGGGGACUUUGUCCUCGUUUGGGAGGAAGACCUGAGGCUGGGUCGGCAGCAGGACAGUGCCACCAGGGACAAGACAGACACACACGCGGCCUGGAGGGAGACCUUUCUGGAUAACCUCUGUGCAGCUGGGCUGCAUGUGGACCAGCGCGACGUCCAGGACGAGGAGGGCGCCGUGCACUACAUCCUCCUCAGCGCCCUCUGGGCCGUGCUCUGCUGCUACGCAGAGGACCUGCGCCUAAAGCUGCCCCUGCAGGAACUGCCCAACCAGGCCUCCAACUGGUCGGCGGGCCUGCUGGCGUGGCUGGGUAUCCCCAACAUCCUGCAGGAGGACGUGCCUGAUGUGCCCCCUGAGUAUUACUCCUGCCAGUUCAAAGUGAGCAAGCUGUCAAGGUUCCUCGGGAGUGACAACCAGGACACCUUCUUCCCCAGCACCAAGAGGCACCAAAUUCUGUUUGCCACCCUGGCCGAGACCCCACAUGGCCACGAGAAGAAGGACCUGUUCGGGAUCAACCAGCUGUCGGCGGAGAGCGUCUUCAGCGCAGCCUUCCUACACGACGGCCCAUUUGGGACGCCCCCAGAGGGCCCACAGGCCGCAGGCCUCACCCAGAGGCAGGUCCUGUUCCAGUACUGGGCUCACUGGUGGAAGUGGACCAAGUACCAGCCUCUGGACCACGUGCGCAGGUACUUCGGGGAGAAAGUGGCCCUCUACUUCGCCUGGCUCGGGGUCUACACAGGCUGGCUCCUGCCGGCAGCGGCGGUGGGCACUCUGGUGUUCCUGGUUGGCUGCUUCAUGGUGUUCUCAGACAUACCCACGCAGGAGUUGUGCAAUAGUGAGGACAACUUUGAGAUGUGCCCGCUCUGCCUGGGCUGCCCCUUCUGGCCGCUCUCCAGCGCCUGCACCCUGGUCCAGUGUGCAGUUGGAGGCUGCCUCGUUGAGCUGGCACAGGAGCUUCUGGUCAUCAUGGUGGGCAAACAGAUCAUCAACAAUGUGCAGGAGAUCCUCAUCCCGAAGCUACAGGGCUGCUGGCAGAAGUUUCGGCUGCGCUCCAAGAAGAGGAAGGCGGGGCCUUCGGAGGAAGCUGGCCCGGGGCCCCGGGAGGCCGACUGCGAGCUUCUGCCCUGUGACGGCCUGUUCGAAGAGUGCCUGGAAAUGGUGCUGCGCGUCGGCCUCGUCAGCAUCCCCGCGGCCGCCUGCCCGCUCGCGCCGGUCUUGGCGCUGCUCAACAACUGGGUGGCGGUCCGCCUGGAGCGCAAGUUCGUCUGCCAGCUCCGGCGGCGGGGGCCGAGCGCGCAGGACAUCGGCCUCUGGGCCCACCUGACGGCCGUCGCGCACCUGGCGGUCGUCAGCCACGCCUUCCUGCCGGCCUGCACGUCCGACUUCCGGCCGCGGGCCUACCACCGGCGGGCCCGCGCCCGCGACCUCUACGGCUUCGUCAACUUCACGCCGGCGCGCGCCCCGCCCGCCUUCGCGUCCGCGCACAACCGCACGUGCAGGUACCAGGCUUUCAGGGAAGAUGAUGGGCAGAGUUCCCCUACCUACUGGAAUCUUCUGGCCAUCCGCCUGGCUUUCAUCAUAGUGUUUGAGCACGUGGUAUUCUCCAUUGGCCGGGUCCUCGACCUCCUGGUGCCCGACGUUGCUGAGUCUGUGGAGGUCACAGUGAAGCGGGAGUACUACCUGGCCAAGCAGGCACUGACUGAGAAUGAGGCGAGCCCCUCCGCCUCCCCCACCUCUCCUGUGUCACCUUCCCUUGUCCAGCAGUGGCAUGGCGCCUGGCCCGGUGCUCUGCCGUGGCACGUGACAGACCACGAGCGCUGUGCCCUCAGUGACCCUGGGUCUCUGCUCAUGCACCUUACCUCCCAGGCUCCCCGAGAGAUGGAGGGGGUGCGCCUGGGGAAAGGCAAGGCAGCGCCGCCCCUCCUCCCCCCGUCUCCUCACCGGGCCCGCUCUGGGGUCACCCGGCCUGUCCGCUCAAGGGACUACGAAGCCUGCCUCACCAAGCCAACUCCCGGGAGCCGGCGCACACAGCAUCCGGGCAUGUGUCAAGAGGACAGCCUGGGUGAGCCCCAGCGCUGCAGCAAACAUGCCACCACCAAAAACCUCUAA